AUUCAAAAGGCAGAAAAGCAUAAAAGGGGACAGUGACCCUUCACAAUACCCAUUAGAACUCUCACACAUAAUAACCCUCCAUCAAUCAAACAUUAUUCAAUUCGAUAGCCAUAGCCAUAACCAUGCCUCCAACUCCACAAGAACACGAGCAACCCCUCUUACUGGACUCACCGCAACAAGCCGAUGAGUUAGAAGAAACAGCCUACGAUUCUUCCGAGAAGAUCGUGGUAGUUGGAAUCGACGAGUCAGAGUACGAGUCCGGGAACUGGGCCCGGGCCCCACCGUUCUCAUGGAGGAAGCUAUGGCUAUUCACGGGCCCGGGCUUUCUCAUGAGCAUAGCGUUCUUGGACCCAGGGAACCUGGAAGGAGACCUGCAGGCCGGUGCCAUUGCGGGGUACUCGCUGCUGUGGCUGCUCAUGUGGGCCACAGCCAUGGGCCUGCUGAUCCAGCUGCUGUCGGCCCGGCUGGGCGUGGCAACGGGAAGGCACCUGGCGGAGCUUUGUCGGGAGGAGUACCCGACGUGGGCUCGGAACGUGCUGUGGGUUAUGGCUGAGGUGGCACUUAUUGGUUCUGAUAUUCAGGAGGUUAUUGGUAGUGCUAUUGCUAUAAGGAUCCUUAGUAAUGGCUUUGUGCCUCUUUGGGCUGGAGUCACCAUAACUGCUCUUGAUUGUUUUGUUUUUCUUCUUCUGGAGAAUUAUGGUGUGCGGAAACUGGAAGCUGUUUUUGCUGUUCUCAUUGCGAUAAUGGCGGUUGCCUUUGCAUGGAUGUUUGGUGAAACAAAGCCCAGUGGCAAGGAAUUGCUUCUUGGUAUUUUGAUUCCGAAGCUUAGCUCUAGAACUAUACAGCAGGCUGUUGGAGUUGUGGGCUGCAUUAUUAUGCCUCAUAAUGUGUUCUUGCACUCUGCUCUUGUUCAAUCAAGGAGGGUUGAUCACCGGAAUAAAGGCCGAGUUCAAGAAGCUCUUAAUUAUUACUCAAUAGAGUCCACCAUGGCCCUUAUAGUCUCCUUUGUUAUUAAUAUAUUUGUCACAACCGUUUUUGCUAAGGGGUUCUAUGGUACCGAACUAGCAAACAACAUUGGUCUUGUAAAUGCAGGACAGUAUCUUCAGGAGAAGUAUGGGGGUGGACUAUUUCCAAUACUGUAUAUAUGGGGUAUUGGGUUAUUAGCAGCAGGACAAAGUAGCACUCUUACGGGUACCUAUGCAGGUCAAUUUAUCAUGGGGGGUUUCCUAAAUUUAAGGUUGAAAAAAUGGAUGAGAGCACUAAUUACACGAAGUUUUGCAAUUAUUCCAACUAUGAUAGUUGCUCUUAUUUUCGACACCUCUGAGCAAUCGUUAGAUGUUCUGAAUGAGUGGCUUAAUGUUCUUCAGUCAGUUCAAAUCCCCUUUGCACUUAUUCCCUUGCUUUGUUUGGUGUCAAAGGAGCAGAUAAUGGGAAGUUUCAGAAUUGGCCCCGUCCUCAAGAUUAUUUCAUGGCUCGUGACUGCUCUGGUGAUAGUGAUCAACGGCUACCUUCUGCUGGAAUUCUUCUCGCACGAAGUGAAUGGCGCAAUAGUCGGCACUGUAGUGUGCGUGCUAACAGCUGCAUAUGUUGCAUUCAUAGUAUACCUUAUUUCACGGGCCGUUACGUAUUCACCUUGGCAAAGUGUGACACAGCGAAAGUCAAAUACUAACUCAGAGUUAGAGUAAUUAGCUCGUAAAGAAGUCAAUGCAAAGUGGUGGAAGCAUAUUGUUGUUUUUGCCUGUAAAUUAUUCAGUCUGUAGGUUGUAGCGGAAGUAUUGUUUUUCUAUCAAAAUUUAGUUUCUGAAAUGAAAUGCCUUUGAAAUAACUGAUAUUAAUGUGGUUGAGACUUGAGAAAAUUGAGCGCUGUAGUGUUUAAAGACCUGCAGUGUUCUCUAAUUAAUGGAAAAUUGGCGUUAAGAACCGUUGUGGAAGGCAAAUUAAGACAGAUAUAAGUUGAGGGAAGUUCUAUGGUAUGGAUAGAGUUAAACAUCCAGAGGUAUGGAUUCAACGUGGAUGGGACGCAGUUACGACGCGUGCACAGUAGCCCCGUGUCAUUGAAACAGGUGAGCUGAUAGAAAGGUUGACAGUAGCAGAUGGAGAGCAGGUCUCGUAUUUCGUUUUAUAAAGUGUUAACAAUUUAUUAAAAUUGAUUAGAUGUGUGGUGUGAUUAAGCUUUAUUGAAUGAUGGGCUGACUAAAAUGUUGGAAAGUUUUUUUGAUUUGUUGGUUGAAUUUUGGAAGCCCAUGACAAUUAGAUGAAAAAUUUUGAAAUUUUUUAAGAGUGAUGACAUAAAACCUAAAAACAUGUUUUUGAGGAGUGUCCGAAAAAGGAUGAUGAUAGUACUAAAGGGAUAAAAAAUUAGAUCA